AUGCCAAACAAUAAUAAACCUAAAUCUAUACUAAAGAACAAAGGGAAACCUGCUCCCGCACAUACCACUUCGAAAGCUACUGACUUGAGUAGUCAGCCAUCUGAUUCCUCAAAUGAACUGAGCGAGAAGGAAAACGGCUCAGAAGAAAGCAGUUCAGAGGACAUCGAAGAUGAUUUGUCAGAUUUAGACGAGAAUGACGAAGUAGAUGUUGCUGAUGUAUCAAGCGAGGAUGAUUCAGAAGAAGAUGAUAGUGAGGUAGAUUCAGUAGAGGAAGAAGAUGAUAGUUUCCCAUUGAAGAAGAAGCAAAAGAAGAACAAAGACGAUGGAUCAGAAUCCUUCGCAAAUGCGUUUAAUUCGAUUAUAAAUUCCAAAUUGAAAGCAUAUAAUAGAAAGGAUCCUAUAUUAGCAAGAAAUAAGACCACCUUAAAGAAACUUGAGAGUGAAAAAUUGGAAAACAAAGCAAAAAGAGCAUUAUUAUUAGAAAAGAAGCAAUUUCAAGACAAGCAUAGAAUAAAACAAUUAUUGCCAGCUGCUACAGAAGGAUCUGACUCGAAUCAAAUACGGGAAAUUUUGGAUAAGGAGAGACAGAUGAAAAAGAUUGCCCAAAAGGGUGUAGUCAAACUUUUCAAUGCCGUCUUGGCUACUCAACUCAAAACUAAUCAAGAGAUUAGCAAAGUCCAAGCUGGUCAAAGCCGAAAAGAAGAAUUGAUGACAGACGUGUCGAAAGAAAAAUUCAUGGAUUUGAUUGCAGCUGCUGGUGAAGAUUAG